UUAAAUAGUUUAAAUUUACCAAACAUGGUCGGUCGACAGCUUGAAGGAGUUCCGGCAGCCGUUGGAACAUAUUUUAGUCCACUGGUUAUAGCGGGUAAACCAAAAAUGGUUGAGGAGAAACCGCGCACGCGCUCAGAAAUGAGCACAUCCUUCAAUAGCAUUGUGGCGACAGUGCAUAAUAAACUAAGAAAUCAAAAAAUUCGAAAACUGAAACAACCCAAAAUCCCAGAGUUGCAAACAGAGGAGCUGAGCAGCGGCGUCGCAGAAACUUCAGCAAAAAAUCCUACUAUAGUAAAACCAGAACAGGUUGAAGCCACACCCGAUGCGAAAACGAUUUCUCCAAAACUGACUUCAUCACUGAAAGCCACAUCCAUACCACAAAUAAAGGCGUUGCGUGCUCAUAAACAACAACAACGCAUGCGUCCUAAUGUCCUUAAAAUAACCGAUUAUAAUGAUCCAGUUAGUCAGAAGCGCAUACUCGAGGUUAGAGCACAGAAGAGAAUUCUAGAAGAUAUGCUCAUGCACAAUCAGCGUUUACAACGCGAUCAACACGCCAUCGCUAUGGAGGUACAAGCGAUGCGUGAACAUGUACGAGAUUUAGGUAACAAAUUGGAUAUAUCACUAAGGAGACUAACAGAGCGACCGAUCGCAAACAGUAAUAAUUUAGGAAAAUCUAAAAUGUUUCCAAGACCGCAAAAGUUUGAUCCAAUGCCGCUGCGAAAGUCUGUCAUUCUCCCUACUAAAACGACCGCUCCACAAUCUAUACUGAAGACGUCAUAUUUACCGACAAAAUCAGCAAAUCCAGCAGCGCAGAAGGCCUACAGUCUGACACGAAAUGGAUCGAGUCCAACACGCAAUGCGGCAAGUCCUACGAGGAAUACGGGUAUGAAGCAUUGA